AUGAGGAAAUCAUUUAUGAAGAAUAUCUUGUUAGAUGGUUUACGAGCAUCGAAGAAGAAGAAUACUGCUUCUGAUGUUAUAGAUUUACUCCGAAUGGAAUACAGAGUUGACCUCACUUUAAAAGGUUUUUCAUUGCUUUUUGAAGCUUCCAUAACUAGAUUCAACAAUUAUUGCCUCCCGAUGUUAUUUAUUGACUGUACUUUUGUCACUUGGAAGUUCAAGGGUGGAUUUAUGGUUGCUUGCGGCAAAACUGGUAACCAAGAGAUCUCUCCAAUUGCAUUUGGAAUUGUUCUUUGCAAAAAUUGUGAGAGUUGGCAAUGGUUCUUAACCAAUUUGAAGGGUAUUAUUCGUGAAGAUCGUCCACUGACCAUCAUAUCAGAUCGUGGAAUCGGCCUUUUGAAGCAUGUCCCUGAGAUCUUCCCAAAUGCGCACCAUUCGUACUGUUUGUACCAUAUGAAAGGAAAUAUUCCUGUUCCAAAGGGAAAGAGUAUACAGACUGCAGUCAAGUUAUUCGGACAGUGUUACACUGCAUUAACGAAGGAAAAUUUGUAUGUUGCCGCAAAGAGUAUGAGUAAUCUAAAGUUGGAUUUAGUGAUUGCUUGGAUGAUGAAGAUUCCAUUUGAUAAUUUGGCUGCUCAUGCAUUUAUAGGAGAAAGGUUUGGUGAGAACACAUCUAAUAUUGCUGAGAGUUUUAAUAACGUUAUUAAGCAUGAUAAGCGGCUUCCAGCACUUGAGCUUGUCGAUUCUCUUCGUGCUAAGGUAAUAGAGCAGAAUUACAAGAGGUUAUUGGAGUCUAAAAAGUGGGCUGCAAGGCUUACUCCUUGUAUGCAAGCAAGAUUUAACAAGAGGAUAACCGACUUCCGUUCGUACAAGUUUCGAAUAUCAAGUGAGAAAGUUUUUGAGAUCAUUUAUCCGAUAGGAAAGCAUCCUGUGGAUUUGGAUUCUAGAAUUUGCAGUUGCAAAUGGUGGCAAAAACAUAGCUUUCCUUGCACUCAUGCAAUGAAAGCAAUGUUGCAGAUUGGGAAUGAUGAACCGUACAAAUACAUCAUCCCUUACUAUACUUCUGACUACUAUAGAAUGUUGUACUCUCGACCCAUAUAUCAUAUUCCGGACUCUGAAAAUCCACCUGGAAUUACAGAAAAGGGGUAUGUUUUGCCUCCCAAUAGUGGUCGAGGACAAACUGGAAGGCCUAAUGUUGUUAGGUAUAAGGGUCAUCGUGAAAAGGUGCGCAAGAAAAGGAAGUGUGGCUAA